GUUUACUGUCGCGUGGUUGUCAGGGAGGGAAAAGUUCCGCUUGCGUUUCGCGGGCUGACAGGCGGCAGUGACGGAGGCAGCAUCCAUCAUGGACGUGGAGAUGGCGGAGACUGAAAGCGGGAUUAAACCGACCGAGAGCGGACAGAAGGCGGACACUGAAGCCGGAGAGACCUCGACCAAAAGCUCCGGGAGCUCCUACGAGCUGCCCUGGGUGGAGAAGUACCGGCCGCUGAAGCUGAACGAGAUCGUGGGGAACGAGGAGACCGUGAGCCGGCUGGAGGUGUUCGCCAGGGAGGGAAACGUCCCCAACAUCAUUAUCGCAGGUCCUCCAGGCACAGGAAAGACCACCAGCAUCCUGUGUUUGGCCCGCGCUCUGCUGGGAGCCUCCAUGAAAGACGCUGUGCUGGAGCUCAACGCUUCAAACGACAGAGGAAUCGAUGUGGUGAGGAACAAGAUCAAGAUGUUUGCUCAACAGAAAGUCACACUGCCCAAAGGACGACACAAGAUCAUCAUCCUGGACGAAGCCGACAGCAUGACAGACGGGGCGCAGCAGGCGUUGAGGAGGAUCAUGGAGAUCUACUCGAAGACAACGCGUUUCGCUCUCGCCUGCAACGCCUCAGAUAAAAUCAUCGAGCCGAUCCAGUCUCGCUGCGCGGUGCUGCGUUACUCCAAACUGACGGACGGACAGAUCCUGGCCCGUCUGCAGGAGGUUGUGGAGCAGGAGCGUCUGUCGGUGUCCGACGACGGGCUGGAGGCGAUCAUCUUCACCGCCCAGGGAGACAUGAGACAGGCGUUGAACAACCUUCAGUCCACCAACUCCGGCUUCGGCUACAUCAACAGCGAGAACGUCUUCAAAGUGUGUGACGAGCCUCACCCUCUGCUGGUGAAAAGCAUGCUGGGAUACUGUGUUGAUGCGAACAUCGACGAGGCCUACAAAGUGGUGGAGCAGCUGUGGGCGCUGGGAUACUCUCCGGAGGACAUCAUCGGAAACAUCUUCAGGGUCUGCAAGACUUACCAGAUGGCCGAGUACCUCAAACUGGAGUUCAUCAAGGAGAUCGGUUACACUCACAUGAGGGUGGCUGAAGGUGUGAACUCCCUGCUGCAGAUGGCUGGUCUGCUGGGUCGACUCUGCAGCAAAACGGCGCCACCUGCUGCCAGCUGAACCCAACAACAGCCCUGCAGACCGCCUGUAAACCUGCUGCUGCCUCCUCACAGCCUCAGACUCUUCUGUUUCUAGAAACCAGCAUGUGUUCGCUGCUGAUGGGCCGUUUGUCUCGGUGAAGACUCCCUCAGUAGAUCUCCACUGAUGACUUUGAUCAUCAGUGUGUUUAUCUGUUGCACUUGUUUCAGCCUGAAAUCACAGCAGACAUUUUGUGUUUGCCCGUGGAAACAAAAUAAUGUAAAAAGACAAUAAAUCAGCUUCUCGUUGAUCAGUCUA